UUAAGGUUCGCGAGGUCGGAACAUAUGUCUUCUAGAUACAAGUUGACACCGGGAUAUAUUUCUUUGGCAACCGAAUUGACUUCAAUUUAUAAGCGUUCGACCCCAAAAAUCGAUCCAUUAAUAACUAUUUAGAUAAGUGUUUGCCUUUGAUUAUAUAAGAGCUAGCGACCAACACAGCCUGGCACAAUCUGAAAUUGAACUCUGGAACUAAGAAGGCCUAUCGCAACUCUCCGUAAUGUUAGCCACAUUGAUUGGUCUUACUCUGCUGCUCCAAGCUAACACGAUUGCAGGACAAGAUUACCAAGUUUAUGGAUCACCUGGCGUGCAAGUAAUAUACCCAUCCUCAUCGCAGGUUCAAGUUGUGGGCGGAAGGCAUUUCUUUCGCAACGGAUUGCGAAGGAAUCUCACGAUCAAUGCGAACGCAACCAGCCAGGAUUUUCAGCUAGUCAGCAAUGUGAGCAACGGAAAUGCCGGCAACACUCCACUUCGGAAUUUCUUAAGGUCUCUGUUUGGCCGCCAGCCAAAUAUCCAGUUUGUGAACCUGAACUCCAGAGCCUUUAACGACGUCUCUCCGGAGCCUCAAUACUGGAAUGCAUAUCGAUCCUAUGCGGCUCCAGUGGUUCUGCCCCGCACACGAGUUAAGGCUGUGCGACAGGGUGGUGUUCCACGCCGGAUUUUGGUACGGAACCUGAUGACCACCAAAUCCCAGACGACCAAUUUGCAGUCCUACAGGAUUCCCAUUUUUGAGAAUGACUUGCUGUAUGGCCCGACAUAUGUAAAAUAAUGAGCUGACUUCAAAGCGCGAACAAUUUGGGGGUUCUUCUGAAUUUACCGGACAGAAAUAUAAAUAAAAUGAACACUUUUAAGAUAAUGAAUAUUCCCGUUUUACUACGAUUUGAUUUGAAAGUGAGAAAAAUAUUUUGGCAGAAGCCAC